AUGCUUCGACUCAUCCUCCUCCUAAUGGCGGUGGCCUUGGCCGUGGCGUAUCGCAACCCUCACUACGCGGCAGGCCGUUCCACCAUGGUCCAUCUCUUUGAAUGGAAGUGGGUCGACAUCGCAGCUGAGUGCGAACGCUUCUUGGGUUUUAAUGGAUUUGGUGGUGUUCUGAUAUCUCCACCUAAUGAAAACUUAGUGAUUCGUUCUCGCAAUCGACCCUGGUUCGAGCGCUACGAGGCGAUUUCAUACCGACUGAUUACCCGCUCAGGUAAUGAGGACCAAUUUACCAGCAUGGUCCGACGCUGCAACAACGUCGGUGUCAGGAUCUACGUUGACACAGUGAUCAAUCACAUGACUCAAACGUGGGGUCCGACAGAGACUUUUGGUACUGGUGGUGGCACUGUUCAUGAAAACACCUGGCUCUACCCCAGUGUCCCGUACCGACGUGAACAUUUCAACUUUCCUUGUGUUAUUCAACCCAGCGACUAUGACUGUUGUCCAGAGAGAGUGCGCACCUGCCAGUUAAACAAUAAGAGAGAUUUGAAUCAAAGUAGUGCACAUGUACGUUUUGAAAUCGUUGGGUAUAUGAACCGCCUGAUCAACCUUGGCGUUGCUGGCUUCAGAAUUUAUUCCGCCAAACACAUGUGGCCCCAUGACCUACGGUACAUCUACGACAAUCUCCAUGAUCUCAACACUGAAUAUGGCUUCCCCGCUGGCGCUCGUCCUUAUAUUUACCAGGAAGUAAUUGACAAUGGAAAUGAAGCUGUAUCUCGGAAUGAAUACACUCCUCUUGCUCCUGUCGCUGAGUUCACGUUUGGUAUGGAGCUCAGCAGAGCCUUCCUAGGUAGAACCCAAUUGAGGUGGUUACGCAACUGGGGGCCGCAAUGGAAUCUUCUUCCUUCCGAUAUUGCUCAUGUUUUCAUAGACAAUCAUGAAAACCAGAGAGGCUACGGUACUGGUGGUGACAUCCUUACCUACAAACAGGCUAGGCAGUAUAGGGCAGCUACGGCAUUUAUGUUGGCUCAUCCUUACGGUCAAGUCCAGGUAAUGAGUAGCUACGCGUUCAACGACACUGAAGCUGGACCCCCGCAGAACAGCAAUAACUACAUCAUUUCCCCUUCAAUUAACCCUGAUAACAGUUGUGGUAACGGCUGGGUGUGCGAACACCGCUGGCCGCAGAUCUUCCCAAUGGUUGCCUUCAGGAACGUCGCCGCUAAUCAAGGCGUUGAUAACUGGUGGGACAACGGCAGCAAUCAAAUCGCUUUCAGCCGAGGUCAUUUUGCUUUCAUCGCUUUCAAUAACGAUGGAUGGAAUCUUAACCAGACUCUCCAAACUGGUCUCUUCCCUGGUAGAUACUGUGAUGUAAUCUCGGGGUCGAGAAGUGGAAAUUCAUGCACAGGCAAGACCAUCAUCGUGGGCAACGAUGGCCGAGCUCACAUCUCAAUAGCUGAUGAUGAGUUAGACAUGAUGCUUGCUAUACAUAGAGGACCACAAUCUAUACAUUAAAUGAAGAUGCUUUAGAUACCUGAAGUAAAGAUUAAUCUUUCAUGAUUGAGAUGGCAAAAUAAACACUGCAAAACCAAAAUAACUAUAAUAAACGUCUGUAGC